UUGAUUCAGAUGGAUUCGAGUUCGGGGCAUCAAGAAUUCGAUUAUUUGUUUAAGUUGUUGAUGAUUGGAGACUCUGGGGUUGGCAAUAGUAGUCUUCUUCUCAGUUUCACCUCCGAUGCUUUUGAAGAUCUCUCCCCCACUAUCGGUGUUGAUUUUAAGGUCAAAUAUGUGACGAUGGGGGGUAAAAAGCUGAAGCUUGCAAUUUGGGAUACUGCUGGUCAGGAGAGAUUCAGAACACUGACAAGUUCUUACUACAGAGGGGCACAAGGAAUCAUCAUGGGCAAGAGGUGGCCCUUCCAAGUUAGUGUAGUGGUGAAAUUUGACUUUGGAUUAGCUGCUAAUGUUGUUCCUCUAACUAAUGCAAUUUAUGAUGUAACUCGGCGAGAUACAUUUACAAAUCUUUCUGAAAUAUGGGCAAAGGAAAUAGACCUUUAUUCAACUAAUCAAGAUUGCAUCAAGAUGCUUGUUGGAAACAAACUAGACAAGACUCUUUGGAAGACACCUCAACUUGGAACAACCAACAAUAGUCAAUUGGCGAAGCAAGGGAAGGUUUCCAAAGUAGUCAGGCAAGGAUUCUAG